AUGGGAGACUACUACCACCACUUUUUGUCGUCCAUGUCUGGGGCCGGGAUGAAUCCAACAACAUCCCCAGAAGAGAUGCUCGACCCGCGAAUGCAUGGUGUGCCGAUGCCUAUGGUGUCCGCGCCAAUGCCUGGUCCGUACCAGCAACUUGGAUACUUCACCGGAUUCCCGGAUCCGAUGAUGUUUAACUCAGCUAAGUCACACAAAGCCCGACGAAAAUCGGCAGGCGGCACUCCUGCGGCCGUUGACCAUGUCAAACAUCGGAGGACACGCUCUGGCUGCUUCAUGUGUCGGAGUCGAAGAGUCAAGUGUGACGAGAACCGGCCAAUAUGCGAACGCUGCAAGAAGGGAAACCGGGAAUGUGUAUAUCCCGACCCUCCAUCUUCAAAAGGCUCAUCGAGUGGUAAAUCUAAAGACUCAGCUUCAGCUGGUCAGCAACCCAGCCCUUCUUCAUCAAAAUCGGAAGAUGAUGAGGACACUGAGCGUGAAAGCAAGCUCGAGACGAUUGUGGACGAAGACGAAGAGAUAGAAGAUCAGACCAAGUCCCCGUUGCUUUCCAGACACUCAGAUAGUGUCUCCCCUUCCACAGCAACAGCAACUCCAAGUAGCCUAGCAGCGGUGUAUCCUUCUCACGAAUUUCCCCUCCAAAUUGGAGAUGCUGACUGGUCACAUCUGCCGCCAGAGUAUCAAGAAGGACUUUCUUUCUUCGUGGAGAACCUCAACCACUUCAAUUAUUGCAUACCGCUUGACUCAGACGGCUUCUUCACGAAAAUCUUACCUAAUCUAGCAACUUGUCACGAACCAUUGCUUAACGCAGUUGUCGGUUUCUCCGCGUAUCAUAUCACCCUCCGGAACCCGCAGGGGAAACUCCAAGAUUUCUUGCAAUAUUACAACAAAAGUGUGACUCAGUUAUUAGGCUUGUUCAAACGAAAGGAGAAACCUAAUGUUGCAACUCUUCUGACAAUUUUGCAACUUGCCACUAUUGAGGAGUAUUUUGGCGACUGGGUUAAUCUCAUGGGGCAUCAAAAAGCGGCUUUCGAAAUAAUAACAAGCAUUUUUACUCCCCAAACAGUUAUGCAGACUCCAAUGGGUCGCAUGUGCCUUAGCUGGUACGCUCGAUUCGAUAAUUUUGUUGCCCUCAUGGGGGGCUUUCCUACCGAUCUACCUCGGGAAUGGUUCCAAGCCAUGGUGGAUUUCUACAAGGCAGGAAUUACCGCUAACCCUGAAGAACUGCAUUGGAAAAUCGACGGGUGGUCUGCUCAACUUCGCCUCAUCACCUACGACAUGUCAAUCCUGUUCUCUCGCGGCAGUAGAGACCAGAUAUCUCCAGAGGCCUUUGCUAAAGAACACGAUCUGAUAAAUGAGCGACUCAUAGAGUGGAAGGAAAAACGCGACCCCGCCCUUCAGGAUUCUCAAUAUCUUGUCAAGGACUUUCCUCCAGUGGAGACUCUCGAUCCGGAGGAUUUCGUGAAUCCCUAUACGGUCGGAAUUCUUUACGACUCCCCGCUAUUUGACGUGACAGUUCUGUGCGCAGAAUGGAACAGCAUAAUGAUAAUGCAUAAGUGUCAGUCAUCAGGGAUGAGGCCGGAUGUACUUUUUGCGGAUUUGAAUCGGCAUGCCUACAGAACCUGCCAAUACUUCGAAACUUUAGAGUUCUGGCCCUCAACCCCCAGAGGCGUCCUGGUUCUGAUACAGGCCUGUAUCGCUAUUGCAGCUCUAUUUUGUCCCCAAGAUGCACGUCAUCAUAUGUGGUUUCGUCGAAAGUUUGCCUUAUUAGAGACGAUGGGGUAUAUACAUCCUCUACCACUUCGAACUAAAAUGGCCGAAAUGUUUCGAGAACCGUCCUGCGUACGUUGGUGGCUUCCCAACGAGGAAGGGUUUAGCCCGGUGUUGCAGGAAAUUCGAAAUUUUGCGGAUGAGCGGAAUGCUGCAGCUGUCACGGCUCAACAAGAGAGUAUUCGUGAGGUUCGACACAUCUUUGCAAAAAUGUCGUUGAUGGACGAUGCCAAUGCACCAUCGAGCACUGGUCCGAAUUCUGCUUCAGAAUAA